GAAAAAGUAGACCUCGUGUGGAAUACUUCACCUCCUAAAGAAGCACUACAGUCGGGCACAACAAUGUUUUGGCUCGUAACAAUUCUGGCGCCCGCACGGGAGAACGGCUGUGGGAUCAAGGUCAAGGAGAUCUUCAAUUGAGGGCUUGAAGAGUGAGAGACCACGAUACGGAUGUCUACUUCUUGAGCGAGCUGGCGGAGCGGAUAGGCACUCAAGACUGCGGUAAUCCACGACGAGCACCAUAUCCAUAACGUAUAAUUUCACAACUAGCACUAGCAAUUCGGCGAAGGCCGACGUGGCCGCCACCGUGGGCAAGAAUUGGAUAGUGUGAAUUUUCCAAGAAUUAUUGCAAUUGAGUCUUUUGCGCGCCUGGCACAUCUUCGAGCGUUUUAUUCACCUUUGAAGUUGUUGUGACCACCAUGUCACAGCCGCCCGACGAUGUCCCCGACUUUUUCGGUAGCGGUGGUGCCGAUCCUUUCGCCCAGAACAAUCCAAGCGCCGCCCCGGCUGCAGCUCAACAGCCCUCUUCCUCUCCGUUCGGAGCAGCCCCUGCACCAGACGCGGCACCACCCGCGCCCACGCCCUUCGGGCAACUACCCCAGCAGGGUGGCUCUGCACCAUCUUCGGGGGCACCACCCGCGCCCACGCCCUUCGGUCAGCAGCAACCAGCACCGGCUAGUACCCCCUUCGGCCAGCAACCACCAGAUCCGAAUAAUUAUGCAGGAACGCCGUUUGGCCAAGGUACUACUACCGGCGGCGGCUCGAUGCCGUCUUCAACACAAGCCGGAGGUCCAACAUCUGGCGAGCCAGGUGGUUUUCCAGCGAGCAGCAUUAUGCAGUCGGACGACCCGGUGUUUGCUGGUUCGGGGAUCGGAUCCGGCUCGUGGACAGAUUCGGCUAGUCAAAACCAAGCGACCAAACCGCCGGUGAUCGAACACGGGCACCUGUCCGCGGACGACGGCUCUGGACAGGACAUACUGGCGCAGAAACCCAGGCUCUCGCUCUACACUAGAUUCCAAAUGUUCUGGGACCCUCUACUCGUGUUCAAAAGAAUACUCUACACCAAACCGAGUUUCCGGAACCCGCAAGCGCUGCCGAACGACUUCUUGCAGACGAAAAUGGUGAAGUUGCGGCUGCAUCGGGUCGACAAGGUGCAAGAGUCCAAAACCGCUCAGCAGGCGAAGCAGUCCACCAGGCCCUUCAUCCGGGUGCACGUUUUGGACCUGCAAAACGGCGGGAAGUGGUUGCAAAAGCCCCCGGGCAUGGAGGUCUUCACCUACCCCUGCAGACAAGUCUCUAGUGGCGCUGGUGGAUCCUCCUCUUCGGGCAGCGCGGUGAAGCCCCGACCGCAAAGAACAACACCAGCAGCGUCCCCGGCAGGGACGGCAGAAUCAGGUGGAGGAGGGGACUUGAAAGACGGUGGUCCACCAGUGCCGCCGCCAGACCUGUAUUUCUACUUGUUUUUGCGUAGAAUGAAGUGAUGAUGAUCCACCAUCCAUCGGAAAUAGUACUACACAUGAUGCAUAGCGCCGCAGGAGGAGCAUGAUGUUGGUGCAACGCCACACGAUCACUCAGAUAGAAGCCUCACUCAGGAAUUCAGCUUAUUUCAUGUAUUUCAUCUGUAUCACCCUGAUCUCAACAGGUACCUCCCCGCGAAUGACGAGCAGCCGCUGUCUGCUGCCAGUCAGCGACAAGUGACUUUCGUGCGCCCCUUCGACACGCCCGACUGUCCGGGGAUCCAGUAUGGCGUUCUCAAACGUUACAUUGUCAACCGGCGUUAAAUGAGUUAGAGUUUGUAAUGCAAGAAUGGCAAAAAUGCAAUGGUGAAGAUGGCGCCUUUUGCAUUACAGCUUCGGCACAGAUUUUGAUGCUGUUUAGCCCUUUGGAAAUUUGUCAUGCGAAGCAGGUUGAUGAUAGUGAUACUGAUGAGAGUUUUGCAUGGCAAAUCAUGUAACAGCUGGGAGUGUAACAGUUGAGAACGCCAUAUCCAGUCGCGCAGCAAGAAGAACGCCUUCAAUUUCAACAACAAGCGGUCCUGGGAUUUUGUCUUCCAGUGUCCCGCGAACUAUUUGGUAAAUCCCAACGUCCUGAUCGUCUUGGAGAUCCUCGAGAAACCCAAAACGAGUAGCAAAGCCGGCGGUGCGUCCCGAGGGCCGGUAACGAAGAUGAGCUGGGGCUAUUUGCGGUUGGACCAGUUGUACGCGAAUGGGGUGGAUUUACCCUGGGAACUGAACACCAGCCCCUUCACGGCCACGGGGGCGAGCGGGUUGGGCGUGUUUUCGCAAAUCACCAGUCCGGUGAACCCGCGGUUUAAUGGCGUGUGGCUACAAUUGCACGAGUACAAGUACACGAAAGAGAAGGCGCACGUGUGCGAGGACUUGCAGACGCCCAUGGUGUUUCACGAGCUGCAGGAUCUGCGGAAGAUAAAAAGAAGUUGUUUGCUGGUGUCCGCGCAGUUGAUCCCCGCCGUGCAGAGUUCCUUCUUCCAGCAGGUGAUCUCCGAUUCGAGGUCAGCCCGGGCGGAUCUUGCCGCUGGCUACGGAACCGCAGUGGUAUAGGAAAGAUUUUACUGAUGCAGAGCUCGAGGUCUGAUUCGACAGUUACAGAAGUUUCGUCUACUGAUUCUCUGAUUCAUUCAGUUUGGAAUUGCAUAAUUUGCAAGUGUUGUAAGUAGUUGUCAGCUCCCAAAACCCUAAUUGGUGACAUGAGUGAACGUAUGUUGUAGAUGAAUGAGUAAUUGUUCUCGUCCCCAGGAGCGCAGCGCGGUGGACCAGGACGAGAUGGCCAGCGAGGCGGAGGAGAUGACCCUCUACCGCCAGAGCCAAAUUCUCCAGUCCCAGCGCACGAAGAUUCCGCUCCCGGAAGACUUCGCCUACCAACUCCCCUCCGACGGCCGGGGGUGCCACCGGGUGUGCUUUUCGCCCAAAACCUCGAGGUUUCUUGCCUGUGCAGUGGAGCUCAACGACGAAACCUUCGAGCUCCGCGUCUUCGACCUGGCGAAAGCGCAAGUGCACUGCGUGUGCCAGGGACACCGCGAGUUGGUGUACGACUUGUCCUGGGUCACGCUACCCUCAACUUCUGGCGGGGCCUCAGCAGGAGGAGGUCCGUCGCAAGGAGGAGACGGAGGGGCAGGUGGUGGUGCGCAGCCAGGAUCAACGUCAAAUUUACCCGGCCAGCAAGACAGCGGGGGUCCAUCCUCGCGGGCGUCUUUGAAGGCGCCGGCGCCCGACCAGAAUACGGACGACCUUCCCGGGCAACUGGUGUCCGCCAGCAGCGAUGGCACGGUGAUGGUGUUCGAGAUCCCGGAGGAGCGGGAGUGGCGCACCGCCAUCGCGGCCUCGGAAACGCUGUACCAUCCAAGUUACUGCUACACGGUGCGGCCCUUCGACACCGCGAGUACGGUCGACCGGUUCUUCCUGCUAGUCGGGGGGCACACGUUCGGUCUGAAGGUCUGGAAGAUCGACCGGAGGAACUUGAACCAGCCCAUCGGGGACGGAGGUCGGGAAACCGUGCAGAGUACUACCGAAGAGGGUGGAGGGCAAGGCGGCGAUCAAGAACCGGUGCCGGAGGACUGGCGCAUUACGCAUUGCAAAUACGUCUCGGUCUGGAAAUUUGUGAUGCUAAAAUAUGCAUGAUGAAAACGCUCCCUUAUGCAGGAAUAAAGCAUGACAUGUUUGCAGCACGCUUUCUCAUACGAACUCCGCAUGAGAAGCUGCGUUUUUGUCUGACAUGAGAGGCUGCCACUUUUGUUCGGUGAUGCAAUAGAGAUUUCACAGGAAUGCAAGACCAGCAUUACAUACAAGUUUCAACUUUCCAGAACGAGACACAUUUGCGUUCGAUACUCAUUGUGCAGAGCCAAAUCGUAGGGGAGUUCGUCAUGGACGAUCGAAGUCACAUCACCUGCUUGAGGUAAGGAAAAGGUUCACCAUUGUCGUAAAUGACAAAAAUGAUGAACGUUGCCAAGUAGAACCUUCACUGACACCAGCACAAGUUUCUCACCUAUGUUACUUAGGCGCGCUGCACCCCCUCGUUAGUUUGGUGACUAAGUAGUAACGUACUGCGUCGAAGAGCAGAGGGAUAGAUGGUGUUUCGGUUUCGCACCUAGAGCUGACGAAGACCUGUGUAGUUUCCAUUCAAUGACAAUAGCAAUACAUUACUCAGGUUUAGCCAGGGCAGUAAGCAAGACUUGGUCUACACCGCCCACAGCGUGGGGUACAUAACCGCAUGGAGGUGCUCAGUUGGAGGCGGAGGUACUUGUUAUACUACAGUGAAAUACGCUCCAACAUGUACAUGUUGCUAUUUCUCGUUUUUGCGUUUCUAGCCUUGCGGCGCUGAUUCAAAGUUAUCCUCAUUUUGACAACCAUUAUCGGAACGUGUACGUCGUGACAAAUGAUAUUAGGACUCAAACUCGAAUUUUACACAGCCGGCCCCGCCUCCGCCGGCGGUCCCGGUGGCGAGGGUAUCAGAUUGGAAAAAGUGGGGAUCUACAAGUCGAGCGAAAUGCUCGGUCUUUUCUUCUACAACAUCGAGAUAGUCACCGAGCAACUGCAGAUCGGCAAGGUUUUUGGCGGCGCGACGCUCACGAACGCGGACGACUGGGUCGUGCUGAAUGCGAAAGAUAACUUGAUUCGUAUUGAUAUAGUAGAGAGGGAUUCUGGCUACUUUCAUUUCAAAGACAAAAUGCGACGGCUUGGUCAUGUCCGCAGCAUUUGACUCUUCCAAGCGCCGCCGCGCCCUACUUUGCUUGACGAGACUACUUCUACGGUACCGUCAUGUUGAGAAUGAAACUUAAAAUCAGGUCUGUGCGCCCUGCAGAACAACUCGGUGCGCGUGUUCACGGAGAUCAGUGGAACCAGCAACAGCAAGUUUCCGAUCCGCUCCACGAUCGCCCCGGACGGGAAGACGAUCGUUAGUGGGUGCGAAUCCGGCCGGCUGUUUUUCUUCAACACCGCUUCGGGCAAGCACGUGGUGGACUGGGAGGCGCAGAUUCCCGUGCAACUCUCGAGCCCCAUUGUGGACGUCCAGUGGUCGCGGACGCACCAUUUGCUGGCGUUCUCGGCAUUCGGAGACGAGGAACCACCGAUACUGGUAUAGUUGAAGGGGAUCUUUUCUGAUUGUGUGAUGAAAAGAAUACGGAGAAGAUUGUUUUUUUGCAAUGUCUAGUAGUACCUGCUGCUUUUCAUUGCGCAACAUCAAGAAGACUGACAACCACGUAAGUAGAGAUGAACUCUGAUGAGCGAACACGAAUGCAUCUACUUCCUUCCAGGUGUAUCGCCACGUGAACGCGGCUGGAGCCGGCACUUCCGGCGGCGGUGGCGGUCAAGCGCAGCUCAAAGCGCCUAUGUCCACCCACCACCACGACAUGCACAACGCCAGCCUGGGCGACUGGUCUUCCAAGUGGAUGUCGCACGGACACCCGACCGGCGGUGUCCUCGGCCACGACAAGAAGGGCGAUAUGCUGUGCAAAAGUAUCGUACUCGUAGUAAUCGCAGUCUUGCAUUACAAAUCUGAUUCCCAAGAAGGUAAAUCAGUAUCAGAAAUUCCAUUUCUCAUGCUGAGGACGUUUCUCAUGCGAUUUCUACUAGUACGAUGCUGUUGCAAUGCAUAGGCGAUUUGAAGAUGCAAAUCCUGGCCCAGGUCAUGGACUCUCGGAAACACGCACAGAUUUUGGAGGGCGUGGAAAAAUCCAAAAACGGAUGAGAGAGGUGCGGUGGCGCUUGCGGUGCAAGUCUUCGUCCUUACUGAAGGUUUUGCAAUGUUGUGCGGAGUGUAGAAGUAUCUAUGAUAAAGAAAAGUACAUUAUUUUGCGUAUCGAACAUUUUUCUUUACCACUUGCGGUUCCAAUCGAAAUAAGCGUGACUUAUCCUUCAAGAUUUUGCGUGCAGCUACAGCCACAGCGUAGCUUCGAAAAGGGAAUGGAGUACUUGAUGAAUCAAAGAUAUAGCACUUGCGCUGGACGACCUAUUGCUCUUUUACAGCGCCAGGAUCUCGAAUUUUAACAUCAGGAGUCGGUCGAUAACUCGCGCGCACUCCUUUCGUGAGGAGCCCGGACUCUGCAGCCUUUUCAGACUCGACACGGUAAGGCUGCGAAAGAACGAGGAAGAU